AAUGCCACUGAACUUAAUAACAAAAGAACGACGGCGUUUGGAGUACGCAAAGAGGCAAGGGUUAUGCCGCCGGCGAAGAGGGGGAAAGCGAAGGCGGAGCCUAGGGCAACAACCCCAUCGGAAAAACCUAAUGACUUUCCGUCGUGUAUUCGGUGCGUGCCUCCAUCUUGCGUCGCUAUAACCAUCCACGCUAAGCCUGGUUCCAAAUCCGCAUCCGUUACAGAUAUCAGCGAUGAAGCGGUUGGAGUGCAAAUUGAUGCGCCGGCCAGGGAUGGCGAAGCAAACGCCGCUCUUCUUGAUUACAUUUGUUCUGUUUUAGGUGUGAAACGAAGACAAGUGUCUAUAGGUACUGGUUCUAAGUCGAGAGAUAAGACGGUGAUUGUGGAAGAUGUAACUCAGCAAUAUGUUUUUGACGCUUUGGAUAGAGUCUCAAAGCAGCAGUGAUGAGAAAAAUGGAAGCUAGUUUUUCUUUGAUGAGGAGGCAUCUUCCUCCAGCUUUUUGCGUAUAGUGCUACCAUUUAAUAUCACAAUAAGUGAAACCAGAAUAUGUAAUUAUCUGUUUUCCUGUUAGUGCACUACAAAUGCUCUGGUAGUAUUGCAUUGUAGACUUUGACAGUUUCAUGUAGAUUUAUGCUGGCCACAUUUGAUGAA